AUGCCUUCGCCUACAACAGAAAUAGGAGUCAGUACAUUGACUAAUGGCAGCGACAUUGAACAAUUGAAAAAGCAUUUACCACAUGUGGAUUUUGAAACUGGCUUAAAACAUCGGACAGUUCGAAGAGAUCCAAUUACUGGGCUUGGAACACUUCCAAAAGAACAUAUAGAACUUGGACGUACAAGACAUUCUUCAGUUGGUAGACCAGGUUUCAAUUCUACACUGAUUGCAUGGGAUGUCGAUAAUGCUGCAUCGGUUAGCCAAACUAAUGGACACACUGUGAAUAAAACAAAACAGCCACUACGCAAUCCUAUUGCUUUGACUGGAGAUCUUGGCAGUGAAGUGGAUAAAUUACGUACAACAAACGGUCCUCGUAGUGGAACUCCUAGAGAACCACAACGUGAUCCGAUUUCUGGAAGAGGAAAUUUUGGUGAUCGUGAAUGGGAUCCUAUCGGCAGAUAUAAUGGAAAAACUAGAAGAGCAAAAAGUUCAACAGGUAUUAGGACCAACCCACUUACUGGUGAAAAUCUGAAAACAUUCACUGUAAUGGCAGAGGAAAGAUGUUCAGCCAGAGAAAAUGGUGUAUCCAAACGGAACGUUUCAACAAAAAAUAUAUUCACUGGAGAAAACUGUGAGAAUUAUACACUAUCACCAGAAUUGAAGUCGCCAACAAAGCGCAUUCAACGAGAGCCUAAAAGGAAUGCUAUAACGGGUGAAAACUGUUCAACUUAUGAUUAUAAUUCAGAGGUAAGAGUAUCGAAGAAGCGUACACCGAUUAAAUCGUCUAAUCCAUUGAAUGGUGAAAAUGUCAGCGCUUUUAUGGUAUCCCAAGAAGAAAGACCACGUACACCUAAACCAUAUGUAUACAAGAACACAGUGACUGGUGAAAAUCUUCAGAGUUAUAAAAUCACACCGAUUGAAAGAAAUGUUACUCCGAGAAUAGUCAAAGAACGACAAAAUCCUUUAAGUGGAGAGAAUGUUGAGUCGUACACUUAUCGUUUAGGUGAAGGUAAACGAACUGUAAAGAAAAGAGAUCUCAGCUCACCCUUAACUGGAGAUGGUUCACGUGGUCGAACAUACACUGUGUCUAUUGAAGAAAAGCAUUCAUCUCAACCAAAUUUAGCUACAAACGGACAUGAUUCAACAAAUGGUACACAAAUUACAAGAACUCUGAGGAAUAUAUUGACUGGUGAAAAUUGUGAUACUUAUAGUGUAUGCCAAGAGAUGCGUAGUGAAAAGUUGGAUGGAACUAUGGGCCUUCAAGGAGGAUUACAAAGAAAAUCUGCUUACAAUAUCAUAACAGGAAUUUAA